AUGGAGACAGAGUCACAGCCCUUUCUGACGCCCACCGCGACAGAUGGGGACCAGCAGCAGCAACAAGGCUGGUGGCCUCAGGUUCAGCAUACGUGCAAAUCCAGCUUUUCUAAACCAAUCGCCCUUUGGAUUGGAGUUCCCGUUCUCAUAAAUGCAUUCGUUUUGAUAUCUCUCGCUUCCUGGGUCGCGCACCGUUCGAGCCCAGCAUGUUCAUUGACGCGCGGAGAAGGCAAGCUUGGUGAGCUUCGCGGCCUUCAACGCCACUUUGUUCCUACGAAAUUCACCGACUACUCCCAAACAGCAUAUUUCCAGGAUCCCGACUCAUUGACCGAUGCAGCUUGGGAGGAUCUACUUGGGGAUAUGUUCAUCCGAGUUUCAACCGAGGAACUGGACCUGGCAAACCAGACCUCAAUCUCGCUGCCUCGAGAUGACAAGCACCUUGCCUGGCUUGGAGUAUACCACGACCUGCAUUGCAUUGUACAGCCUCCUUUCCUCCUCCCCUACCCAAUCAAAAACCCCCAUGAUGAGCUCUAUUGGCAAUCAUGUACUUACUUUGGGCUCAAGAACACCCUCCGCCAAUGGAUUCACCGCGACUAUUACCAUCCCAAUUUAACAGCCGCAGAGCAGAACAAACUCGAAUCCCACAUUAGUAGGUUCCCAUCGCAUCAUGAACCCCCCACCCCCUUCUCGGUGAAAAUGCCGCAUGCUGACACUACCGUCCUUUCUGAGAAGGCCAUUGCCUGGACAUGCUGCGCCAGAGUGUCCAGUGCCACGCCGAUGCAUAUCUGA